CGUGAAAUCCAUCUGGUCGUUUGACGAUAAGAACUACCGGUUCUUUUUACAAUCGCACAACUCUGGGGCCUUAAUCUCCCUGUCGAGCACAAACAGAUCACUUCCACCAGUUUGUAUCUAUUCAUUUCGUAUAUGGACACCGAAACCCCUACGUUUAAGGUGGUUUUAUUAGGGGAUCUGGGGGUUGGUAAAACAUGUAUCCGAUCCCAGUUUGUGCACCAUAUCUUCACAAAUGCCUACAAGGCCACCAUUGGUGGCGAUUAUUUGACCAGCACCGUGAUGGUGACGAGGCGGGUGACAACUGAUGACGCUGGUUCCAACCAUGAUACUAAUGAUAUCCCUCAGCCCCAAACCAUACAAAAGCCCAUUAAGACCCAUCUACAAAUAUGGGACACUGCCGGGCAAGAGAGAUUCAACUCCAUUUCGCGGGCCUUCUAUAGAGGCACCGAUAUCGUUGUGUUGGUGUACGACAUCACCAACUAUGAGAGUCUUCUUAACCUCAAGACCUGGUUUAAGAACUUUAUGGAUCAUUGUCAGGUGCCACAUCCCGGGGUGAUUGUGGUGGGCAACAAAUCGGACCAAGCAAGUGACAGGGUCAUUGACUUGGAGGAAAUCAAGGAGAUUCUCACCUUGAAUAUAAAUUCGGGAACCGAUAGUGACAUUAAUUUGAACAACUAUGUUAACUGGGAAACCGAUGCGUUUGAAAUCUGCUGCAAAAAACUAGAUCUUGUCAACAAGGUAUUCUACCGGGUAGGAGAAGUUGGGCUUGAUUUGAUAGAGGAAAAUCCAAAGAAGGAUAUAGUGGCAUUUGAUACUAUAGACAUCGGAGCGGGCCAAAGGGCAUCCAAGUGUUUUUGUUAGGCUAUAGACAUAUGUACAUGUAUUUACAGGUUAGUGGGAUUCGGUCCCGGCAGCUUCAGUAGCGGGAGCGUCAGUAGCGGUAGCGUCAGUAGCGAGAGCAUCGAUAGCGGGAGCUUCAGUAUUUUCAGAAACUUCAACAGAAACAGUCUCAGAAACUUCCACAGGUUCAAGUUGAACGUCAGACUCAGCCCCCCGUGCGUCGGCCUCCAUCUCCUCUUCGUCCAUCAACUGCUCCUUGUAGUGUUCAGGGUAUCUUCUGAAGCAAGUUCUCAUGCCCUCAAACUUCUUGAUACAGUCGAUUCCUUUGGGCUCGGUUUCCGAGUACACAAAACAUGCAAAUGCUUCCUUGAACUCUUCUCCGCAAGGUCCGUGGGCCAUUCCACCUAAACAUGGGCAGUCCCAGUUGAUUUCUCCGGUGAUUGGAUUGUAGGCAGCACCUUCGUAGUCUUCGGCAGUUGGUUCCUUGUCAGCGUCGGCAGCCGGUUGCUCGGAGAUGGCGGUCAGGUCUUCGGGCUGAACGUCGUUGUCGAUGCUGGCGUAUAACGAGUAGCCAAUAAUGGUGGAAAUUCCCAUGGUGGCACCCAUCCAAGUCUGAUUAUUAAUGAGGGAAGAAGCCAACUUCUGCGAGGGCGACGAGCUGUGGAAGCGGGUGGCCCGGACGAUGGUCGAGGAUCUGGCAGCAGAAAUGGUGGCCCUACUGGAUCUAGCGGUGGAAGCGACAAAUGUUCUUAUCAUUUUGGUUAGUUGGUGCUUUAGUUGGUGCCUAGUGGAUGUGAAAAUUUUUGGU